GUGAGAAGAAAAAUUAAAAUGUAGGUGUAGUAUCUGUAAACAAAAUUAUUUAUAAAAUCUCUUGAAACAAAACUAGUAGAUUGAAGACACUAUUAAAGUGUAACAGGCGAUAAGUAGUAAGAGUGUACGAUUAUUAAAACAAUGACCACAAAUCAGCUAUGGGGUGAGUUUGAAACUGAAGACGGCGACGAUACUGUAAUGCAGAACGUGAACUUCAGCCCUAUAAUCGAACUAGGGCUGCAGAACAUACCUGAAAUACCUAUAACUGUAAAGACAUCGCCUAUCGAACUACCAACACCGAAUUUAAUAACUCAUACAAUACAAUUGCACGCAUAUUCCAAAGAACUGUUAGCUAUAAUAGAACAAAACGAGAACACAUAUUGCGAAGAUGGGCAAAUGGACACGCUAAAUAUACCGAAUGCGCCACCAGAACCCAUUUUAAAAAGCGAACACGAAACCAUACCGCCUAUAAACUUUUUACCGAAGCAAUACUGUGAUUUCUCUCUUGGGAAAGGACCUGUUAUCCUACCAUUCACUCCAGAAAGCCAUAAACGAGCAUUAAAACAAUGUGCAGCUAUUGGCAUAGGGCAUAUUGGCUUUGCAACAUGUACUAACACAGCUUUGGAUACAGUUGCUGAUGCUUUGGACAUUUACAUGACAAAUAUGUGCAAGUUAAUGAGAACAGCUGUUGAUAGAGAAGCUAGUGGUCUAAAAUCUGGCUUCCCAGAUGUCGUAUCAAAGGUAUUCGCUGACUUAAAUGUUGGUAAUUUGCAUGAGUUUUAUGAGAACCGUGUUGUAAGAUAUAACAGUAUAGUAAAGAACAAUUGUGAAGAUCUAAGAAAUCAGUGUGAAGUUAUAGCGAUAGGGGAUAUAGCACCGCAAUUGAAGCUUGAAGAAGUUCCCGAACUACACUUCCCUGCUGUGUUGGAUGAUGCAUUUACACCAUCUCUAGAACCUGGCUUUCAAAUGCUGCAAAGUUUGGAACAAGAACAGCUACAAAAUCUAGAACUGUUGGAUACAGUUACCACUGAUGAUAUCAGAGUUGAUGUAAUGGAGUUUACACAACAGGAAAUAAAAUUGCCUACAUUAUCUCCUACUGCUAAAAAGAAAAGAAAAUAAAUAUAAGAUUGACUCCGGCUGGCAAUAUAUAAAGUUUGAGAGACAGAAACAAAAAACUUCAAUCAAUGUUUUCAGCAUCACUGAAAUUGGAGGUAAACGCCCAAAACCUUCUCCGUUGAAAGGAAUACAUGAACAAAGACCUAUUAAAGAAUGAACUAACUGUUGAAAAUUAUCCAUAACCAAAUAAGUAUCGGACAUUUUCAUGAAAAAUUGCGAUAGUAAAAAUUAGUUGAAUUAAGUAUGAAGUUUUUAUUUCUAGUAUUAACAAUCUACAUAAGCUCAUAUGAUCACUAUAAGUGUAAAUAAAACAACUCCUUCAACAUAGCACCAAAUAAUUUAUUUGUACCAAAUUUGAUUUAAUUAAUACCAGAAUUGACAACACAAUGAUUAAAAUGAGUUUAUCAAUUACUAAAAUCGCAUAUAUACAAAGAUGUCAAAUACAGUUAGCUGCAUAUUAAAUUAGCUAAACACAACCUGAAUACAUAUAGAUUUAAAGUAUGAGAUUGAAUGUGUCAAAAUUUUUAAGUCACCAUUAACAAGUAUUAGGGAGAAAUCAGAUUUUCCAGUACCUACUCUAUUUGAAGA